AAGAUGAACACCACCUCUUACAACUUCAGCUCCAGUGAUGCCUAUUCGGCUCCAGGAGGUUCACUAAUCUGUGUGAUCCUGGGUCUGUGUUUCCUGGUUGGCGCUCCGGGGAAUCUGCUGGUGAUGUGGACCAUCCUGCGCCACGUGCGGCCGCGCUCCCACACCGUGCUGCUCAUCCUCAAUCUGGCCGCGGCCGACCUGCUGGUCCUCAUCACCGUGCCCAUCUGGAUCUACUCCUUUGCGGCCAGCUGGGUGUUUGGAGAGGCCGUGUGCAAAGCCAUAGUGUACAUGAUCUACUCCUCCAUGUACAGCAGCGUGUUCCUCAUCUCCAGCCUGAGUGUGGAGCGUUUCGUGGCCGUCCUGUACCCUUUCGCCCUGCAGAACUGGAGACGGAAAGGUGUGAUGACCAAGGUCCUGGUUGCCAUUUGGAUACUGGCCUUCAUGUUUGGGACUCCAGUCAUUCUAACACAUACUGUUGGGGGGGCAAACGGGACACAGUACUGCACUUUCCAAGAAUUCUCUUCGGACAGCCAGGAGAUGGUUUGCCUGGUGCUGGAGACUUUAGUGGGCUUUGUCAUUCCUUUCUCUGUUCUCUCCAUAUGCUACACCUGUGUGGGGAGACAGAUAAGGCAGCUAAGCUUCAAAACCAAACAGAAGUCUGCGGUCCUGAUUGUCAGCGUUGUCAUCGCCUUUGUCGUGUGCUGGUUCCCUCACCACGUGCUCAACAUGAUCCGCCUGGCCUCCUUACUGCAAGACCAUCCGGAAGAGCUGGAGGAAUUUGUGCACAAUGCAGUCUUCAUUUUCGGAGCCCUCGCUUUCGUCAGCAGCUCUGUUAACCCUGUGCUAUACGCCUUCGCUGCUCGCCGCUUCCGGAGCGGAAUGAGAGAGUCCAGGCUGACCAAGCUGUUCCAGGAGAUCACCACCCACACCUCUGGAGCCAGGGGUCCAGCCACCCUUUCUUCAGGCAGGUCAAACACGUGCAACCUCGCUCUUGAGUGCAAGACAUCAGCUUCAGUUUGAUCUUCGCUGGAGAUGGCCGCCUC